UAGAGUUGUUACUCUACCAGUCUGUUCUAAACAGAAAUCUAGUUUCUUUCAGCAGAACAACAAAUCUCAAACUUCCCUAUUUUUCUGAGAAAGAAAAUCCUCUGCAGUGUCAGUCAUGGCUUCCUCCAGCAGUGUCCUGUGUGAAGAUGAGCUCCAGUGUCCCAUCUGUCUGGAUGUGUUCACUGAUCCAGUCUCUACUCCAUGUGGACACAACUACUGUAUGAUCUGUCUCAAAGAGUUCUGGGACAGCAGUUCACACUGCCAGUGUCCAGUGUGUAAGGAGGAAUUCCCUAAACGUCCUGAGCUACGUGUCAAUACGUUCAUCUCUGCACUUACUCCUAAAUUUAAUAAGUCAGUUCAGGUGAAAUCCAGCAGUACUGCAGAUAAGUUUCCCGUGAAGACUAAGAAGGUUCUGUGUGACUCGUGCAGUGAGAAAAAGCUGGAGGCUCUAAAGUCCUGUCUGCACUGUGGUGUUUCUUACUGUAGCACUCAUCUGUUAAACCAUAAAACUACAGCUAAACUCAUGAAACACAAACUGAUCGACCCUGUGGAGAACCUGGAGGACUACAUCUGUCAGAAACAUGAGAGACCCCUGGAGCUUUUCUGUAGAGACGACCAGACGUGUGUGUGUCAGUUCUGUACUGAAGGAGAGCACAAAACUCACAACAUUGUUUUUCCAGAGGAGGAGAGCAGAGAGAAGAAGAUCCAGUUGGAAAAAACACAAGCAGAAGUUCAGCAGAUGAUCCAGGAGCGACUGAAGAAGAUUGAGGAAAUCAAACACUCUGUAAUACUCAAUGAAAAAACCACAGAGAAGGAGAAAACAGACUUUGUGGAGAUCUUCAGUAAUCUGAUGAGCUGCAUUGAGAGAAGCCAGACUGAGCUGUUUAAGGUGAUGGAGGAGAAGCAGAAAGCAUUAGAGAGGCAGGCUGAAGAGUUUAUUAAAGAGCUGGAGAAGGAAAUCACUGAGCUAAAGAGGAGAAACACUGAUAUGGAGCAGCUCUCACACAAUGAGGAUCACCUCCACCUCCUACAGAUUUACCCGUCACUGUGCAGCCCUCCACACACCCAGGACUGGACUGACCUCACAAUUAACACUCAUCUGAAUGUGGAGACUCUGAGGAGAGCUCUGUCUCAGCUUCAGGAAGCUCUCAGGGAGGAAAUGGAGAAGCUUCAAAUGAUCAAACUGAAGAGAAUUCAACAAUAUGCAGUGGAUGUGACUCUGGAUCCUGAUACAGCAAAUCCUUAUCUCAUCCUGUCUGAUGAUGGGAAACAAGUUACAUGUGGAGACAAGAGACAGAAUCUCCCUGAUAAUCCAGAGAGCAGAGUGCAACACCAAGUGAUGAAACUCCAACCAGGGGUAGGGUGUCAGGAUGGAUCAGUCAUGGCUUCCUCCAGCAGUGUCCUGUGUGAAAAUCAGCUCCAGUGUUCCAUCUGUCUGAAUGUGUUCACUGAUCCAGUCACUACUCCAUGUGGUCACAACUACUGUAUGAUCUGUCUCAAAGAUUUCUGGGACAGCAGUUCACACUGCCAGUGUCCAGUGUGUAAGGAGGAAUUCCCUAAACGUCCUAAACUACGUGUCAAUACGUUCAUCUCUGCACUUGCUGCUCCAUUUAAGAAGUCAGUUCAGGUGAAAUCCAGCACUGCUACUGAAAAUCCCACCCAAUCUCAGGUGUUCUGUGACAUCUGCUGUGAUAAGAAAUGUGCAGCUGUGAAGUCCUGCCUGAUCUGUAUGGCCUCUUACUGUAAGACUCACCUGGAACCUCAUGAAAGAGUUUCUUCAUUAAAGAAACACAAACUGAUCGACCCUGUGGAGAUCAUGGAGGACUACAUCUGUCAGAAACAUGAGAGACCCCUGGAGCUGUUCUGUAGAGACGACCAGACGUGUUUGUGUAAGUUCUGUACUGAAGGAGAGCACAAAACUCACAACACUGUUCCUCUAAAGGAGGAGAGCAGAGAGUUGGGAAAGACACAAGCAGAAGUUCAGCAAAUGAUCCAGGAGCGACUGAAGAGGAUUGAGGAAAUCAAACACUCUGUAAAACAUAAUAAAAAAACCACAAAGAAGGAGAAAACAGCCUUUGUGGAGAUCUUCAGUAAUCUGAUGAGCUGCAUUGAGAGAAGCCAGACUGAGCUGUUUAAGGUGAUGGAGGAGAAGCAGAAAGCAGCAGAGAGGCAGGCUGCAGAGUUUAUUAAAGAGCUGGAGCAGGAAAUCACUGAGCUAAAGAGGAGAAACACUGAGCUGGAGCAGCUAUCACUCACUGAGGAUCAGCUCCACCUUCUACAGAUUUACCCGUCACUGUGCAGCCUUCCACACACCCAGGACUGGAUUGAUAUCACAAUUACCACUCGUCUGAAUGUGGAGACUCUGAGGAGAGCUCUGUCUCAGAUUCAGGAAACUCUCAGAGAGGAAAUGGAGAGGCUUCACAAGAUCAAGCUGAAGAGAAUUCGACAAUAUGCAGUGGAUGUGACUCUGGAUCCUGAUACAGCAAAUCCUUAUCUCAUCCUGUCUGAUGAUGGAAGACAAGUUGCAUUUAGAGACAAGCGACAGAAACUCCCUGAUAAUCCAGAGAGGUUUGAUCAUUGUGUUUGUGUGUUGGGAAAUGAGGGAUUCACCUCAGGGAGAUUUUACUAUGAAGUGCAGGUCAGAGGGACUGAGUGGGAUUUAGGAGUGGUCAGAGAGUCUAUUAACAGGAAAGGGGAGAUCACAUACAUCCCUGAAAAUGGAUAUUGGUGUGUGUGGCUGAGGAAUAAUACUGAAUAUUUGGCUCAGGACUCUCCUCCAGUCUCUCUCUCCUUGAAAAAGGCUCCUCAGAAGGUGGGGGUGUUUGUGGAUUAUGAGGAGGGAAUGAUCUCCUUCUAUGAUGUUGAAGCAAAAUCUCAUAUCUACUCUUUCACUGGUCAGACUUUCACUGAGAGACUUUAUCCAUUAUUCAGCCCCUCUGACAAUGACAGAGGUAAAAAUUCAGCACCACUGAUCAUCUGUCCUGUUAAAAAAAUCUAAUAUACAUUUGUAAAAUCUUUUUAUUUCUUAAUAAAAAAUAGAGCAAUGUUAGUAUUA